CACGCCACAGCUCGUUCUUCCAAAUAUUUACAAUAUUACAAUUUUGCUGACUGCAAUAAUAUAGAGAAAAGAGAACAACAGGUGUUUCAAAUGUUUACCAUAAAAUUCUCGUAAAGUCGAAUCGAUAAUAUUAUCGUUAAAUAUUGACAACUCAGUUGGAAAAUUCUGUGAUAUUCGUAAAUAAUGCAUUGAAAAUUUUAGGGAUUAAUGGUUUUGUAGUCGACAAAAGUAACAAUGAGUAGCGAUGAAUCUGACGACGAUCUUAUUAAUUUAUUAGUAAGUAAUGCAGAUGACAGUGCAAAGUCUCAUAAAGAUAACACAACUCAACAAUCUAAACCGCAUGUAUUAAAGGAACUUGAUCAUAGUUUUCUUGAUGACUCUUCUUACGUUAUUGAAGAUGAGACUCCCAAGAUUGUAACUCCAAAAGCAAACAUUGACAAGACAUCAAUUGUUGAUAAUCAUGCAAAUUCUUCUGAUGACGAAGAUGCCAAGUAUUUUGAAAAGCAAAGUUAUUCUGAAUAUGGACAAGAAAUUAAACAAUUGUUGAAAAAUAGAGAAUCUCAAAAAGCUGAUCAGAGUUUUCUUAGAAAUUUUAAAAAAGAAAAUGUUCCAGUAAAUGUUACUAGUAAUAGUUCAUCUUUAUCAAGUAAUUUUAAUUCAGCGACAAGAACAAAUAGUAAAUACAGUUUACAAGUUCAAAGUAGCCCACUUAUUCCCAAACAAAAAGAUGUUUACUGUGAUCCAAUAUUUGGGUUGAGAAUUAUAAAACCUCUAGUUUCAUCUGCAGAAUUAACAGAAAGAAUGAAUGGACGAAAAGCAGUCACAGUGUCAAAUGUGAAAUUACAUUUAACUGUACAAUCUAAUAGUGAUCAGAACACUGAUUGGGUUAUUGCUGGAGUUCUGCUUAGUAAAAGUGCAACUAAGACAUCUCAAAAAGGUAGUCAAUACUGCAUUUGGAAGCUAUCUGACCUUUCCACAGAUAUGAAAGCUGUUACAGUUUUUCUCUUUAGUGGUGCUUACAAGACUUUUUGGAAAUUGAAUGUUGGAAGUGUUGUUGGCAUUUUAAAUCCAUCAGUCCUAGAAUCUAGAGAUGACAAAGACUUAGCUACAUUGUCAGUUGAUAAUCCUAUGAAAGUUAUGGUUUUAGGAACAUCAAAAGAUUUAGGAAAAUGUAAGUCAGUAAAAAAAAAUGGUGAACCUUGCACAGCUCCAGUAAACUUGAGUAUUUGUGAAUAUUGUGUUUAUCAUAUAAAACAAGAGUAUGGAAAAUUUUCUAAGAGAAGUGAAUUCCAAAUUUCGUUAGGAGAAAAAUCUUUUGGAAAUGUAAAAAAUUCACUUAAACAGAUGGGAUUAAUGCAGCAACGACAUCCUGAAGCUAAACCUUUUCUUGCUAUUCCAGCGAAAAGAAAUGAAGCUCUUUAUAAGAAAGAUUGCGAGCGAUUGGCUUUACUGAGGGGAGGUACUCCAUCAACAUUAAUAACCCAAAUACCCAAACCUAAAGUUAAAACAGCAAAUGUUGAAUUGACACCUCAACAAGUUAAAAAAGAUUUUGAAAGAUUGAAUAAAUUGCGCCAAUUGAGUACAAUUAAUAAAAGUACUUGUUCAAUCAUCAACGAAGAAAAGAAACCAAAUUUCAAGUUAAGUCUCUCAACUCCAAAAUUAGGAAACGGAAUGAAAAAUGGUAUAAUUGACUUUUCAGAACCUAUAAAUAAGAAUACUAGAGAUAAGGCAAAAUUAGAAGCUAUUGAAUUAUCUAGAAAAGUUGGUGGUUUUCAAAAAACUAAUCCUAAUAAAGUUCGCCCAGAUAAAGCAGCUGCAUCUGAAAAAGGAUUGAAAAGAAGAAGAGAUGAAGAAGAAACAGAAGCUGAAGCAGUGACACAUAAUAGAUCUGCAAAAAAAGCAAAUCCUGUGAUAAAUAGAUUUCAAAAGAUGCUUGAAAUGAAGUCAACUCAUUCUGACCUUAUAGAAAAAAGAGAAGAUGAACAAACUGAUGAAUAUUUCAAAAAGUUAGAAGUAAAGGAACGAAUGGAGGAGAAAAUGUUGAGCACAUACAAAGUUGACUGCAAAGCCGUACGAUGCGUCAUUUGCAAAUACGUUGCAUUUUCGAGCUCUGAUUUAUGUAAAAAGUUACAACAUCCCAUCAAAGUUAUUGACGCAGUAAAGAGAUUUUUCAAAUGCGCUGACUGCCGAUAUAGAACUGUCACCCUUGAUAGAAUACCUACAGAAACUUGCAAAAGAUGCGCAAGCUCCAAAUGGAUAAAAACCGCUAUGAUGGAUGAGAGAAGAACAGAGAUUGCAAGCUCCAAACUGUGUAUAAGAGGCGGAGAAGAAAAAUACAUUGGAUCUGUUACAACAGAUGCAAAUCUUGAUUUAGUAGUACCAGACUAGAGUAUCAUUUUUUAAAUGUGAAGAUUUUUUUACUUGUUAAGCUUAAACUGUUAAAAAACUGCCUUUUUCCUGGAUAAAUGUGUAUGCUGUUGAAACACAAAUAAAUAACG